AUGACGACCAGCGUACCGUCCACGCCGGACAGCGCCAUCUCCGACAUGUCUGUCAAUGGCUUCCAUGACGGCGUCGAGAAGCUCAGUAUCAACGGCAAUGGCCACACGAAUGGGAACGGUCACGCCGCAGGCGAAACCCAGAGGCGGAAGAUGAAUCGCAAGCAGUCCAACGCCAUGAUGCCUGCCUUCAUGGUGUCGGCACCGGGCAAGGUCAUCGUGUUUGGAGAACACGCCGUGGUCCAUGGCAAGGCCGCGAUCGCUGCUUCGAUAUCCCUGCGAUCCUAUCUCCUCGUUACAACCCUCUCCAAGUCCAGACGGACCGUCAGUCUGCGCUUCCCCGACAUCGACCUAGCCCACACUUGGAACAUCGAUGAGCUGCCUUGGGACAUCUUCCAACACCCGUCCAAGAAGAAGUCUUACUACGAUCUGGUCACGACCCUCGACCCCGACCUGCUGGCGGCCCUGCAGCCGCACCUGGCCGAGAUUUCACCACAUAAGUCGGAGGACUUGCGCAAGAUACAUCAGAACUCGGCGCGCUCUUUUCUAUACCUAUUCUGCUCGCUGGGUUCCCAGAAGUUCCCCGGCUGUUUAUACACACUUCGCUCCACGAUACCCAUCGGCGCGGGGCUCGGCAGCAGUGCCUCGAUAGCCGUCUGCGAGUCGGCGGCUCUUCUUCUGCAGCUGCGGACGCUGUCUGGCCCGCACCCGGAUCAGCCGCCGGAGGAGGCCCGGCUGCAGGUGGAGCGGAUCAACCGAUGGGCCUUCGUGGCCGAGAUGUGCAUGCACGGUAACCCUUCGGGCGUGGACAACACCGUUGCAACCCAGGGCAAGGCCGUGGUGUUCCAGAGGACGGACUACGGGAAGCCCCCGAGCGUGCGGCCGCUAUGGGACUUCCCCGAGCUGCCCCUGCUGCUGGUGGACACCAAACAGCCGAAAUCUACAGCAUUUGAGGUCGCCAAGGUAGCCAAGUUGAGAGAUACGCACCCCAAGCUUGUGGGAAGUAUACUCGAGUCAAUUGACCGAGUCACUCGCAGCGCGAACGAGCUCAUCGACGACGACGACUUUGACAGCGAGGAGCUGGAGAGUCUUCGGAAAGUCGGCGAACUGAUGUCGAUAAACCACGGGUUAUUGGUUUCUUUGGGCGUGUCUCACCCACGGCUUGAACGGGUGCGGGAGCUCGUAGAUCACGAAGGUUUGGGCUGGACAAAGCUGACGGGUGCCGGGGGCGGUGGCUGCUCUAUCACGCUGAUGAGACCUGACGUGAGCCGGGAGAAAUGGGACCGCCUCGAGCAGCGGCUCGACGCCGAGGGAUACUCAAAGUUUGAGACGAUUCUCGGCGGCGACGGUGUCGGGGUGCUCUGGCCGGCCGUGCUCAAGAACGGCAUGGACGAGGACGAGGAAGGCGGCAUGGAGAUUGAUCUCGAGAACUUCCUGAACGCGCCCGGUAAUGAUGGCGUUGAGAAGCUGGUGGGCGUGCACAGCGGCGGCGCUGAGCGGGAAGGCUGGAAGUUCUGGAGGGUCGAGAGCCAUUGA